AUGUCUCUUGUAAAUCUACAUAUUUUCCUUUUUCUUACGAUCACUCUCUUAUUCGGUAUAAAAAUAACAAACGCUGAUACAUUUUAUUGUAGUCUUCACUUUGUUGUUGACUAUCCACUAUGGACAUUGACAUACACAACACGAGCAGAUCACGAUUAUUUUCGAACAAAUGCUUUACUGAGUACUUAUAUCUAUCGAAAUGUAGAAGGACUCAAUGAACUCUACAGUCGUUAUCAUUUUCCAUAUACGUCAAAAACAAAAAAUAUUACUGUACAAUUCUUUGUACAUGGUAUAACAGUUGUGACACAAAAUAUAUGUGAUCAAAAUCAUACUAAUAACAAUGAUCUAGAGAAUCCUAUACGAGAAUUUUGUUCAACAAAUAUAAAUAGUGAUAAACUUCUUGAUCUAAUUGCUCGUUUUGGUGAUUAUGAUAGAAAAACAAGUAAUAAUGCACCAGCAUGUCUUUAUUAUGGAUUUACAUCAAGAAAACUCAAAUCACAAAAUAGUAAAGCAACUACAUUAGGUACAUAUGAAUCGACAAUUAUUAUAUUUAAUCAAUGUUUACAUUGCAUAUUUUUAGGAUGGUCAUGGAGAGGACAUCUUUGUACUGAAUUAAAAGAAUUGAGUAGUUGGUCACCAAAAAAUACUGGUUUUAAUCCUCGAUAUUCUGCUAAUGUAGGCGUUGUUACAGCUAGUUUUGAUGGAAGUGACUUGAAUAAAGGUGAAAUGACGUUUUUUCAUGAAAUUGGUCAUUCAAUGAAUGCCGAUCAUGAUGAUGCAAAUGAUUUUAAAGAUCGACAACAAGAAUGUAAUCCAUCAGAUGCACAAGGUGGAAGUUAUCUUAUGUAUCCAACUGGUACGGAAGGACUUUUGCCAAAUAAUCGAGUUUAUUCUCAUUGUUCACUUGAUACGAUUUCAAAAUAUACAGAAAUACUUGCUCAAUGGAAGCCAAAAUGUUUGUCAACUACAAAGACAGUUAAAAGCAAAUGUGAUGGUAUUUUUUCAGUAGGCGAAGUGUGUGAUGAACAUGGUACGUCUAGCAACUGUUGUACGUCUGAUUGUAAACUCAAAUCAGGUGCUUCUGCUGGUUCAUGUUGUAAAUCUUCAUGCCAAUUUCACCCUGCUGGUCAUCAUUGUCAUCCGGAAAGUGAAUGCAAAAUGUCUAUUGAAUGUUUAGGAACUUCAGCAACUUGCCCUGAUGAUGAUAGAACAUAUUUUAAACCAGAUAAAACUAUUUGUCGUGAUGGUACUUUACUUUGUAUAAAUGGUUCAUGUGAAUUAUCUAUUUGUGCAUUACAUUCUCUUUUACCUUGUCAAUUAAAAGAGUCUGAAGAUAAAUUAUGUAUAAUUGCUUGUCUACAAAAAGAUGGUUCAUGUGUACCUUAUCAUACAAUUGAUAUGAAUUCAGAUUCUUCUAAACCUUUGUAUUUUCCAUAUGGUUCAUUAUGUGAUUCGAAUCGAGGAUAUUGUGAUCAAUCUCAUAAAUGCCUUCCUUUAUUAUUAGAUGAUAGUACAAAUCUAAUUAGUGCUGGAUUUAGUUCUCUUCUUCUUACUAACUAUUCAACUAUAUUUAAACGUUAUUGGUGGGCAUUCGUAUUAUUCAUUCUCGCUCAAAUUAUUUUAAUUCCUAUUGUUCUAUUAUACUUUCGUAGUCGUUGUAUUCCUUCAGAUAAUCCUUUUCUUCAAUAA